CGCCCUUUUUAACUUUAGCCGCGAAGCUUUCCACCCCAAAAACAAGGCGAAAGCAGAGGCGGCUCCUUGCGGCCGCCGGGAAUCUCGAGCUUCGGCUAGCGUCUUCUCCCGGAUCCUCCUUCCAGGUCGGCGUCUCCCGCCGGCGCCGAGGUGCUGCAGGUUUCGAGGCGGUCGGAACCCCCCGGCUGCGUUCGCCGCAUGAUGUGGUUUUCUCUCUUCCCGAUGAAGGCGUCGACGCGGCUCCUCUGGAGUACCUCCUUCUUCCGCCACAAGACCGCUGCCGUCGCCUUCCUCUGAACCGGCCUACAAGCCAUCCCUCUAUAGAUAGAGUCUGUAUAGAUAUUGCUCCGCGUGGAUACUGCUACCACUGUAGCUGACUUCGAUCUCGCUGGCGACGACUCGGAUCUGGGAUCGGGCGAUGGAUCCUGCCCGUCUGAUCUUUGAUUCCUCCUCGUCGCACCGCCACCACGGGCAGCGGAUGCUCCUCUUGGGAAGCGGCGGCGUUAGUCCGGUGUUCGGAGGGGCGAUAUCGUCACUGGCGGAGGGCGCGAACAAGCGGCGGCCGUUCUUCACGUCGCCGGACGAGAUCCUGGAGGAGGAGUACUACUACGACGAGCAACUGCCGGAGAAGAAGCGCCGCCUCAUGCCGGAUCAGGUACACUUACUGGAGCGGAGCUUCGAGGCGGAGAACAAGCUGGAGCCGGAGCGAAAGAGCGAGCUAGCUCGGAAGCUCGGCCUGCAACCGAGGCAGGUGGCUGUUUGGUUCCAGAACCGUCGCGCCCGGUGGAAGACUAAGCAGCUGGAACACGACUUCGAUCGCCUCAAAUCCUCCUACAACUCCCUCCUCUCCGAUCACGACUCCCUUCUCAAGGAAAACGACGGCCUCCGCUCCCAGGUCAUCUCAUUGACUGAGAAGCUCCAGAGUAAGGCAGCAGCACUGAUGGCCGCGGCUGCAUCAGUCAAUGAUCCUGCGUCCCUGGGCGUCCCAAAAAAGGCCGAGGAUAGGCUGAGCACGGGGAGCGGCGGGAGCGCGGUGGUCGACGCGAACCAGCUGCUGCACAGCAGCGAGGAGUCCUGUCUCCCCGAUGGCUACCAUAGCAUGGGGCCGGUCGAUGGCCGGGUGCACUCGGAGGAGGACGACGCCAGCGACGAGGGGUGCAACUACUAUUCCGAGGAGGAUGCUCAGCUAGGAUGGUGGGUUUGGAACUGAGGAAAGUGAACACUGCUUUGCUCGUCCUCUCCUCCUCCUACUUCCCCUCUACCAAGUGUUUGUGGUUAAGUAACGUUAGGGUUGGUGGUGACUUCAAUUUGUGCUUUGUGCUUUGUGCUUUGUGUCAUGUUUGAAUAGCUGGACUAAGUGGUUAAGAGAUGAACACUAUUUAUCCUUGUGCUAUUAUAUUCUCGUCAUCUUCCUCUUGA